ACAGUGGCCGUGUCGCCGUCAGCAACAGAGGCGGAACACAUUGAAACGCACGCACGCCCGAAGCGGUGUUAAUUCCGCACUUUCGUCCCGCGGCCCCCGUGUCGGGGAGCAAUACCAGCCUCGAGUCCCUCCUAGUGCCCACUUGAUAGCAGUGAAAAUGUCUCGGAGCAGUAACAAGAACGCUCAGCUGUCGAAGAACGUGCUGGAAAUGAAAUUCAUGAAACGCACCAAAGAGAAAUAUGAAAAAGAUCUCUUUGAAGCUGAACAGAAAGCUCUCUUCAGUACGAGCGUGACGCAAGAAAUGGAGAAUAAGCGAGCGAAGAAGAAACGUUUCAUCCAAGAGAACAGCUUUGUGCCAUGCGCGGACCUCGUUUCCGGCAGAAUGUCGUUCAAAGGAAGGAAUCCUUGGAUCGAGAAGCUUUCAUCCCAGGACGAAAGAGAACAACCGAGCGGCGAGGAUAGGGGCUCGAUGGGCGGCAUCCAGGACGAGGAAUUUGCUGAGAGAUAUUCAAGCACUGUCGAUACCAUGAGUAAGAAGUUCCUCCGGAAACGGGACCGGCCGAACGACGAGGCGUCUCCGAAGAAUAAAAAAUUCAAGAAACCUCGUUUGAACGACUGAAAUCCCAGAUGUCCGCACUGUUGGUGACUUCCUGGACCCGAUCAAUGCCGCGAAAACUCACGCUGUAGUUAUCAUCAUCACCAUUGUACAUAAUUACGCCGGUCAAUAAACGUUGUUGAUAAUUAUCUA